UUCGGUCUUACCCUUCAUAAAACAAGGUUCAGGUCGUUGCUACAGCAAAUCUCGAGCAUGGCUCUGUGGCGUGUGUUGCUGCUAGCGUGCUUAGCUACCAGCAGUUCGGUGGCAUUACCAGCGGCGAGCGUAGAGCCCGCAGCGUCUCCGUCCGGUAACACCCAGGAAGCUCGAGGGCUUCAGCAGCAAAGUCGAAAUGCGAUCCAAACAGGUGACGAUCUUAUGGACAGCAUCUACAGUGACUGUCUCAGGAAAGAUUCGGUUUCUUGCGUGAAAUAUAAGCUGUUUUCAUUUGUGGACAAGGUGAUGGGUAGCAAAGAGACUUUCACGUUGACAGAUGGUGUCACUGUUGUCAAGAAUGCAGGAUCACCACCAGAAAUAUCUGGAGAAGGUGCUCCAAGAGCCAUAGCUGAAGGAGAUGAAGAAGCCAGCAAAGAUUUUGAAAGUAUGAUUGUAAACAGAGUUGAAAGAUUUCUGAAAACACACACCCUGAAGGUAGACCUGAAGGGAAAUGAAGUGUUGAACGCCGUCACAUCUGCAGGAAGGGCUCUUGGUGACGUCGCUGAUACACUCGGACUAACGGAAGAAGAUGAAGACGAAUCUGAGAAUGGCCGUGACGUCAGUGAAGAGAGAAGAAGGAAGAAAAAGAAGGUAAAAAUGUUACUGCCCCUGUUGCUGGCUUUGAAACUUAAGGCCGCAGCUUUGAUUCCCCUCUUCCUGGGUGGCAUCGCACUGAUUGCUGGAAAAGCCCUGCUGAUCGGCAAAAUCGCCCUCGUCAUUUCGACUAUUAUCGGCCUAAAGAAGCUCCUAUCACAACAGAAGACUGUCACGUACGAGAUAGUCAGCCACCCGCAUCACACCGGCAGUCACCACGAAUCAUUUUCGUCAGGCGCCGGUGGAUUCACCGGAGACGUCGCUGGUUAUGGUGGCAGUGGCGCCGGUGGACACGGCGGUUGGGGAAGGAGUACUCUGGAUGCUCAGCAGCUGGCUUACCGCGGUUAUCAGAACACUUCUUAGAUAUAACGUUGUUGUAUGAGUUCUGUAUGAGACGUGACCGCAGAAGGCAUUCAUCGGGCGAUCCAGGGAGGUCAGACACCGCGAAAUUCGGCUCUGACGGCCUACAAGUGCCAACAACAGUACCGAAAAUUCUCAGUUAUAAUGUACAGACAAUUUUAAUCUAAC